AUGAAGGCAAGAAAGGCGACCCGCACUGCAGAAAUUAACAAGGACGCCCAACAAGGAAGGACCACCAAACGCACCUCACGAAAGGAACACCACCCCUACAUUCCCCUCCCUAAAUUCUCAGAACUGGAUAACCUCCCUGCAAGCACCAUUACCCAAGUUAAAAUAGCACCUAAGCCGAUUUUUGGAGGCGGAAGAGGACUUACCUGGGUAGCAGACGAACGCCCAGCGAGCCAACUGAAGAAAGGGAGCCUCAUCUCCCUAUCCACCGCGUCCGAGACGUCCGGCAUCGGUAAGCUAUCGGCAAUCUCCGACCUCCGACGCCACUGGGUCACGUUCACAGUCACAGGCGCCGAUCUGCCAUGUAACCUACGAGUUCCCAUCCCCUGGUCAAGCCUAGACGAUCUCGAAAGCUUUACCCACCAGCGAAACUACUUCGACCUAAACAACAGUCCUCCACCCCACACGUCGUUUCAUCACAUACCUGCCUUCAACAACGAAGAAGAAAACCCCUACGAAUUCGAGAUCACCGACAACGAGAUAGACUCCCUAGAGGAUCGGAUCGCGCAGAUCACGAACGCCACAACGCAGACACCUACCGGAUCCGAGGAAACGCACACGACAGAUCACAGUCGACACAACAUCCAACGAACCGCCACCCGACGACAGCGGAGGAAAACCAAGCCACUCCCCGCCAAUGAGAACGGAACGGACGACAGCUGA